AUGUUACCGACGUCUCGCAGGGUUAAACUCAACCGAGUGGCCUUUAAACAUUUAGUUGCACCCGGACUGGUUCCGAGACGGAGACGGGUUCGCAAAUGCGUAGGUACGAACAGGGCUGAAAAGAGAAAAAUAUUUAAGGCAAGCACCACAAAAAAAUUAAAUAAUAAAAUAAAAUAAAUAAAUAAGAAAUAAAGAUAAAAUAAAAUUGAAAUAAAGAAUAGAAAUAAAAUAAAUAAAAAGUAUGGGGAACAAAGUAGAGGGGGAAAACACAAGAGGCAGAUAUCAGGUGGGGGAGCCAAACACUUGGAUCAGGAGCAAGUCUGACAGUCUAGGCAAGCUGUGCAGCUUCACUUCACUGCUGAUAACAUUGUAGGCCUAAUAUAUUAACGAAACGGACUGAGGUCCAUGGCUGGCCGAGGAGGACAAUGUGCAAGCACUCGAAAAAGUGAGUCUCAGUGUCAUUUUGGCCAAAAGUAAGGCUAAGAAAAACCAGAGUCUGUCCUAUCUUAGAACCUAAUGUUGGGAAAUUGUCAGGUUAAAGUGAAUCCAGACAAGAGGAUAUUAUUCGUGAAGUUAGUUUCGCCCACUUUACCAAUAGAUUCAGGGAGAGACAUGUGGAGUUUGAGGGCCCAGUGAAGGCCAAGUCCUCAGAGUGUGACCGUCUGCAUGCUGUGCAGCAGCAGACACAGGACCAGUACUAUACAAGACGGGGACACUGGCUUUGUAUCCACCCAAUGUUCAAGUAAGGAGUGAUUUAGCUGUGUUUACUAAACUUAAAGUUGUUAUAAUUGAUCGUUAGUGCGCCCAUAAAAAUACGAUCACUGCUCUUGACUUUAGACAGUCUGGGUGGGGAUCUUUUAUUGUGUUGCAGCUUUUGCUCACUUGCUGGAACGUGUCACAGCUAAGCUAGCGGUGCGGCUAACUGCUAACUCCCAGCCUGUAACUAAUUGCAUUGUAUUGUAUUUUUUCACUGUGAAUAACUGUACGUUAAAUAAAUUUAGACCAACUUAAUUUACCACUUUAAAUGUUUAACCAUGACUAGUAAAAGAGGUUUAUAAGUUGGAAGUUGUAAUAUGAAGAAGGCCCCACACCAGCAAAACUUCGAUGCCGCGAAAAGCACACUGUUAGCUUGGCUUCUGCUCAUAUCGUCUUAUGCAGUUUCUUCGUAAAAACUUUAUCGAAAAUAAAAAUACCUUAUAUUUAUAUCAGGUUAGCAUCAUCCUAUUUGUUUACCUAUCCUAUAUAAAUCACCACAGAAUGUGUCCAAGUCGAUGAAAACAGUAGGGGAGAGUGGGGUAAGAUGAGCAAUUUUUCAUAUUUCAGAUCACUGCAUCAAGGCAAUCAUAGUUUUGUCUCUAACUAGUGUAUCUGCAUGUAUUUCAAGAUGUUGAUGAUGAGUGUAAACAUAACUGUCAUGAUAAUAUAGCAUGCCAAGAAAGAGUGGUCUCCUAUGGUCAACUUACCCCGUGUAUGGAGUAAGUUGACCAUAAGAGCAGCACCCUCUGGUGACGGGCUGCAGUAUAGGUCAUAAAUCCCGCCUCCACCAGCAAAGCUUAUGGCGCUGUGGACAAACUUUAGAAAUUUAUUACACAGAACAUACAUUUUUCUCCCCCCUGCUUGCGGUGUUGAUAUGAAGUUACAGUAAGACUGGUUUGUGCUCAAGUCUUAUUUUUUCUGUGAAGCUCCGUUUUCAAAAGUUAUUAGGGGGUUCCUGUUUUCUGUGAUUGAAACCUGAUACAGCCUAUAGGUGUUCAGGGUUUGCGUAGCUCACCCGGGGGAUACGCUGUUUGAGCCGAGUGUCGUCACAGCGACACUGGUUUCAGGAAAUGAAGAAAAAUCCCGUAAAUACCGAGAGCUAUUUGGCUUCAAAUCCGUAUGCAGGCGGGAGGCAGAACCAAGUUGUCCAUAGUAUAAACAGUCUAUGCUUCACCUAUGUGCUUCUGACCUUCACAGACUCAGUGAAUUGAUGCCAAUCUCCUGAAUAUUUAGUCACAUGAUCAAUAUUUUUUAUCAUUUCCAAGCAACAGGGGUUGGCUCAACUUACCCCACUCUCCUCUAUGUGUACACAUUGGCCUGCAGAUGUGCAGAGAGGACAUAAAGUAACCAGCCAAAACAUUAUGAACACCUGAACAGUCUGAUGCGAUCUAAUACGACCGUUGUUUCAUGAGCUCAGCUUUUAGGAAGCGUUUUAAUGUUCAAUUUUUGUUGACUCGAUCAAGUAGGGUUUUAUUGUGCUGUAUGUCAAUUAAGAUGUGGUAGGUAGUGGUGUACUGACGCAUGUUACUCUGAAACAUGUUCCUUAUAGUUUGUCUAUUUCAAUCAGAGAGGCAAAAAAUUUCAGCCCUCAUUAUAAUGCACUCCAGUGCACCACCAACACCCACUGGGUUGCAGUGCAUUGCCCAGGUGUUGAUGAUGUCCCAGUUUGACAGGAUACAGUUGCUGUUUAGUGACCAAAUGGGCCUUUCUGUUCCAGUGAAAGAUCUUUUGUAGAAAACAUUGAAAAUGUCCCUGGACAUACACUCCUAAUUAAGAAUUCCUCCCACCUUGCUUACCUUGAGCUUAUAUGAGAUUGUGCUUGUAGCUGGAAGGGUUAUUUCCCGAGUAAAACACCCUCAUCACAACUUGUCAAGGAUAAACAGGGCAAAUACCACUCUCAAAUAUUGUGUACAAUCCAAAACUAAGGACAAUUCACGCAUUAGGUCAAGUGUUUUUAAACCUUUUUUUCUCUUUUGCUUUGAAAAAGAAAGAGAAGUUAAGGAUUGGCUGACUUUGGUGAAAAGCCAUACUUCUAACCAAAAAAAGAUUUAAAAAUAUAAAAAUGCAAAACAUACCCAUGGUUUAAGGAUUGCCUCUCUGCAUUUUUGAUCAUUUAAUCAUGUGGCUUGUAUUUCAGUGUUUGCACUUCUUAACAGGCUUUUGUUUCUACUUGCAGACAGUGAUAGACAUACACACCAAAUCCCCGCUGGACCUUCUGACCCAGAGGGGUCUUUCAGAAGAGUUCCCAGAGCUUCUGGCGGUGGUGUCUGUGGGGACUAUAAAUACAGAGCCCAUAAGCAGAAGACACUUGGUAAGCAGGAGCAAAAAAGCAGAGGCCCAGAGCAAGGGCGGCCUACUGUUGAUUUUAUGCUUGAGGGAAAAAAUACAGCCCCUGAAGCCUCUCAGAAGAUUGUUGUAGGGAUAGACCAGUGCCCAAAGGUGACACUUUGUGACAUAGCCCAAUAUUGUGACACUUGUAAUCACAAGUGUGGCUAUGUGAUACCGGAUGUCCUCAAGACCAAGGUUGUGCAUUGCUUCAAGCAGGAGAUGAGAGCUGGAUUCCGAUUAAGCCCUGGUUGUUUUGACCAUAUCAAAAAAGAAACCAAGAAAGAUGUCCAUGCUAAUGGUGAAGUGAAGAAUGUCCUUGAGACAAGGAAUCUGACUCCACACCAAAACAACAUUAGUAAGUCUACCAAUUUACAGAUAUUUUCCAAUCAUACACCAUGUUGUGUCCCUGAGAGGUGGACUAGUGAAGGAUCUGGUUCUUCUUUGCUCUUAUCAGAUAAACAUAUAGAACAAGAGGAGUGCAGAACUGGCAUGAAGGACAGGAAAAAUGACCAGAAUCCUGGGUCAAAAUGUCUCCUCACAGGAGCAGGUCUUUGCAGAGACAAGAGAAGAAAGCUAGCAGAUGGUGUUGAAGAUGGGACUUCUCCUUCUACUUCAGAUUUAGAAAGUACCACUAAGAAACAAACAACUAAAACUGACAAAGAAAAAGGACAGUUUUGGACGUCUGAUAACAGCCCAGAGCAUGUGCAGGGUGUUGGAAGCAGCAGCAUUAUUGGCCUGGAAGUAACAAAAAACGGUGUCUCCGGACCACAUAGGGGUGAAUGCAGUCCAGAGCUGCUCUGUCAGAGCGAUGAAAUGGACACAGAUGAACCAGAGUCAUCAUUUACCUGCCAAAGAGUGAGGAUCUAUAAGGUAGAGAGAGCUUCUUCCUGUGCACGCACACAUAUAUCUUGGCCUUUCUCGAAACGUAACUGGACCCUGACAGCACAUGUUGGGACUGCCUCCCAAUCUGCAGAGCAUGUUGAUCCUCUACUUCGAGGCUACUGUGACUCUACAAUAAAUCAGCAUCAGUCUGAUUUAUCCAGCGAGAGAACCAAUGAUGUGGUCCCAGCUUCGCCUACAGACUUCUCUACUGGCGUCACAACCCACCACAUUUCCCAUCAAAUCCAAACAAAGAGAGAAGAUGAAAAAUGUAUUUUAGCACAGAGAAAUGGGACAAUACAAGGUGAUCAAUCUUCAUACUCUUCAGUCAGAAAAGACAUGCAUUUCGCUCCUCCCGUAAUGGAGGCUGAAGAAUCACAGGCCAGCCUCUCGGAUGAGACUUUCCUUUCCAACUCAAGUCAGUGUGGAGUGGACACAGUCUCACUUUCAUCUUUGCCAGCGAAUGAUCCCAAAACUAACAGCUCUUUAUCCACCCCUUCCCCUACAGCACUUGGCCUGAGUGACUGGAAUACUGCGCCUAAUUUGUCCCCUAUGUUGUCUCCGUUUUUACAUUGUGGUUCAAGCAGAACCUCAGUCACACCAUCCUCCCUGACGUCAGUCUCUUUACUGGACACGGUCAGAAAUGUUGAAUUGGCAGAAGAUCAGUCAACCAGCACAUUGGCAUCGCUGCCUUCACCUGCACAUGUGGUUGAAUCUGCAGAAAAGAAGCCACCCCUCGACUGUGAAGAAUCCCAAAUGACCAGAUGUCACAAAUCAGACUCCUUCCCUUCAUUUGCAUCAUCAUUUUCUCUCGCUCAUUGGAGUGAUGAGUUUUUCACAGGCAGGCUCCCUCCAAAACUGGAGCCAUAUUACAAAACAAGAACAAUUAACCAUAACCUUACAGUGCCUGAAGAAAGAUCAUUGGACGGUGUUCUGAAGGAAAACUGUGUCGAUGAUGAUUUUCUGCUUCCACCAGUGCUCUCACCUGUUACUUCACCAACACACGAUUUCCUGACAAGCUUUCUUCUCCAAAGUCCUGAGGGUUCUGAUGAAGAUGAGGAGGAAAUACACGCAGAACCCAGCCAGCACAGAACGUUACCUGGAGUUUUGCUUCCACAAAUUGUCAAUGGAAACAAUGAGAACUUUGAGGAUGAUGAUGGACAGGGCAGUAAGCAGUUUGAAAGUCAGACUUCCCUGAAUGAAUCACAUACACCUCAUGUAAGAGAAGAGACAAACCAUCAUGGUACAGAUGACGAAGCACAAGUCACACAGGUCAUGAAAAAAACUGAGCAGAUCCCUGCAGAUACCCAAAUGAAGCCAACCCUUAGUUUGGGUAGUCAGACAAACUCCUGCUCCUCCUUAUGUAGUGAAGAAGAUGAUAGUGGAGCCUUCAGUGAUGAAGGACCGCCACCGAGAGAAGCAGUGAAAUCUCCAUGUGGGAUAACUGACAGUGAGAGAGAUGUGUCCAAAGCAGAGGCUGCUGAGGAAAACAAACAGGGCGUUUUGGAUGAGUUCACAGCUUAUGAACAGGAUAUCCUGCUCGUCGAUGUGUCUCAGGACGACCCAGACUUGUUUAACAACCUGCCCCAAGAAAGUUUACUGAAACUUGGUCCCACUAGGCUUACUGAGGCCUCUAAUACCAAACCUGGGAACAUGGUUAAAGCUCAGCUGCUGAGGAAGGACAGAGCAUCAGUUGACUUUGAACAAAGGUGAGGUCUCAUAUUUCAUAGUUUCUUCUGUUAGCAGUCACUGACAAAUUGUAUAAUCCAAUAUUAAUUAAAUAACUUUGUUUCAGAUUGACCACUGUGAUGAUCAAUUUUCAUUGUGACAGUCCUGAUAUCUCAGGUGCGGUCUAUCAGAGUUCAUUUUAUUCAUUUCAGAUUGUCUGACAUUCCAGUUGCUACUUGAGUCAUAGACAAGAGCUGAUGGUACAAAUAAAAAAAAAAAGUGGAUUUUUCUUUUAUUUUUUGUGUUUACUUCACAGAUGAGGGCAACAGGAGGUCAUGGAGACCUCAGAGCAGCAGCAGCAGCAGCAGCCUUGCCUCCAGGCAGAGCAUCUCAUGGACUGCAAAAGAAAAGCCAAUGACAACCUUGGUAACUUAGGGCUUUUUACGUGGGGUCAUUUGGCGGACCAGGACCGCACUUGUGGCACCGACCUUAAGGCAAUCAACAGAGUAGCAUAACGCCAAUUUACGAUGAAAGGCAAAAAAAAAAGAUCAAUGUCGCUCUUGCAAAAGUGUCACUUGUGUCCUCAAAUCCAAGGAAAGGAAAGGGGGAGUGUAAUGCACAAAAAAUGCAAAGCAGUUGUCACAAGACGAAUAAGUACCUAAAGGUGUACCGUGUCUCCCAAAGAAAGUAAUUCUUAGCUUAGUUCAAACUGGAUUUCAUAGCUGUUUAAAAAGCAUGGUUUGCAGUUCACAUGCACUGUACCAUGGUGAAGUCCUUCUGCUCUAUAAAGAGGAAACAUCAUGGUAAAAGUGAAGGUGUUAUUUAUUAGUGUGUACAAAGUUAAUCUUCAUAAUGACUGUUUUAUGUCUGAAGCAGCGCCAGCCUGAUGCCAACAACAAUCACGUCAACGGAGACCUGAAAAGGUAGGUGUAAAGCAAAGCUAAACAUUCUUUUAAACUGAUUUUAUUUUAGUUUUUUUUUAUACAUAUAGUGUUAUUCUGUCUUCUGGCAGGAGUCAGCCAAUCCAGACAGUGACCUUCCAGCCGAGCCAAAUCUCUGCACCGAUGACCAAGAAAAAUGGUAGGAAUUUGAGAAGAGCAGAGACUCUGACUUAUGAGCUGGUUCAGCUUCUGUCUGUUAUUAGGGAUAAUUCCACUUCGUCUGAUGUCCUUGUUUAGUCAAGCUCUAACUGUAGCUGUUCUGUUGGACUGUCAUUGUGCUCUUUUUGGUCUCCGUACAGGGCCGUGGAACACAAACUUAUCAAACAUGGCAGAGUUCAGGCAUCAGCUGUCAAAUACUGUAAGUAUUUAAUCAAAUAAACUAUAAAACUUAUAUUUUUACAAAGGACUUGGACUUAGCAUAAUAGACAUUUUCCAUAUUUCAGAUUUCAUCAGUGCUCAGCCACAGCAUAUGUAGUGUUAAUACUUGUGCUCCGGUGCUUAUUUCAAAGUAAAAUUACAUCUAAACCUGAAAAGUAAGAUUAAUGAUAAUAAAAUAAAUACUUUAUGAAACUGCCACUUAUAGAAGUCAGUAGUAGAGGAUGUUAAAGAAAGUCACAAAUGGUUAUUAAGGCUGUGGUUUUUGCAUCAUUGAUUCAGUUACUGCCUGACUGUAUAACAAAGGCUUUUACCACAUUAUUGACAUUUGAUCAAGGCUCGUCGUAGUCUUCUGUCAUUUAUGAAAUUGGGUCAGAUUGCUUACAAAACCUCUCUUCUACAGCCUCAGUACUGCAGGCAGUACUUCAGUGAGUCAAUGUCCUGUGGGUUCAAGAUGUGUUGGUUCCUGCAUGUGCCCGUGGAUGGGGAUGAGAAGGUAAUCUCAUCCAAUAAUAUGCCACAGUACCACAAAGAGAUGAAGUGUGAGUUUGAACCUAACCAACCAAAAUGUUAAAAAAAGUAGACAAUGAUCUUUUGCUGAGUGAGUCAGUCAGAGAUCAAAAGUGUGACCGUUCAUGCCCCAGCUGUUUGCCGAGUGUUGAAGGCAGAGACAGCAUCACCCUCUACUGUGCCAUUAGUGUAACUACACUUUCAGAAUCAUGUCAGUCUCAUUUUGCUGUUUGUCUUUUUCAGUUUUGCGUGGAAACUGUGGCACGGUUCACCAAAAACCCAAUGUGUCUCCAAAGAGCAGGUACAUUCGGACUUAUCCAAUAUCUUAGCGCUAAAUGGACACAUUUAUGUGCCUUUUAAUAAGUGAUUAUUUAUCCCUUCUUCUAUUUAGGGGCUGUCUUUACAGGCUACUACCAGAACAACCCACCAAAAGCACACUUUUCCAUGCCGGUUCUCCUGUCUCUCCUCUGGGCUCUGCUCAGGGCUGGCAUGGUGUCUGAUAUCUUCUCAAUCCUCCAUGUCAGUGUGGCCCAUAAGAUACUGGUCAGUGUCUCAUAACUUUGUCAAAAUCUGUUACACUUUUUAAUCUAGUAGAGGGCAAGAUGUGCAAGUCAGUUACAUCUUGGUUCACUAAAUGUACACUCAAAGUAUCACCAUUUUCUUCUCUCUCCAGCCUGGCCAUGAAUUUGUGUUAGCUCUCUUCAACUUUGUGAGAGAAAAGGGUCUCCUGGGUUUGGUGCCUGAACUCAUGCAGCUCACAUUCAAGGUAUCAUAAUUUCCACAACCUUAACCUACCCUUGGGAAGCAGAUUCUGUUGCUUGUGUUUUCAUGUGUGGGUGGGAUAAUUUAUUCUGGCUGCUUGUUGACAGAUGGCUGGUGCAGGCCUGGGGUUGAGUUUGGACUGCUUGGAUUGUGUGAAAAACACUCCUGAGUUCCAGAUGAAGAACUCAAAUAUUUCUGUAUCAGGCAACCAAAAGUAAGUGGAGACUGUUACCCCCCAUGAAAAAACAGAUCAUGUUGUCAGCACUCUAUCAUUCAUUAUAUUCAUAAAUCCAUUUUUUUCCACAAAGUUUCAAUGACUCAGCUUUCCUCACAUUUCACCAGAAGUGGGCAUAAGUUAAGAAUCACUUAUCUGUAUUGAUCACACCCCUUUUAGGCUCUCAACCAGUGGGUCCUUUUCAGAGUACCUGAAUUUGGCCCAUGCUGUUGUGGAAAUAGAGGUCUGUUCUCCUUUGAAGUAUAUUUUUCAAACUUAAACGACAAAGAUGUGGUUCUUUUAAAAAUAAAUAAAUAAAUGUCACUGGACUUAUGCCUCUUUUUGUAUUUCUGUCUGUCAGCUUUGUACCAAGCAGGAGGACUGGAGGCGGAUGGGGGAGGUUUUUAGGUCGAUCUGCCAAUCCAGCCAGGGCCCCAACCAAGUCAAGCACAUCAGCGGUCGCAUAGCUAUAGCGCUGCUGUCUGAGGGCAAAGACAAGCUGUCGCUGCCCUUUGCUGCAUUCGCUGAGACAGGUAAAAAACAGAAAAACACUCCCUACUCAAAGGCUUUUCUAAAUGUAUUGACCUGAUCAUUUUCCUUUUUAGUUUGUCAGAAUGAAGAGAAGGGAAGCCUGAACAAGAGUUUUUUUGGCAGGAUUGGAGUCUCUCUUAUGUUAAGAUAUCACAAAACCCAUCAGUGGGCGAAGGUAACGAACAACUGUUGUGUAUUUAUUACAUUCCUGUACUAUAAGUGUUCAUCUGAUCUCACUUAGGGCCUCUCAGAAUACUCCUUAUGCGCACAAAUACAGCCCAAUGUAGCAAUGGCAGGACCGGACAACCCCAAAAAUGAUGGUUUUUGGCUAGUCUCGCAUGACAGAGUGAACAGUCACCAAGGCUGCACAAGGGAUGCCUGACUGAAGGUCCAGCAUGUAUCAUUUUUCUCACAGAGAUCCCCCACAUGGACAAAAGUCACGAAUGACUAAGUUUAUGCUGGAACAAUGAGGCAGAGGAAAAGUUUGUGGAGCUCUACCGACAGCACUAUGACAGAUUUAAAGGGAAAAAAAAUAGGAAAUAUUGGCGAAAUAAAGCAGAUGCACUGAAACAAGCAGCUGAAUCACCGAGGCCUGCCCCUCUCCUAUGGUCUUGAUGACUGUUCAGGGAUUAUUGUGUAGCCCAACAUGUCUGUAGAUCAAGUCACGGCAUGGAUUUAUGGCUCUGUGAUUGCCUACUCUGAUAUAGCAACCAUCGUAAGAAUGAAAAAGAUGAAGGUAACUGGAUCUUUUGUGCUCUCCAGUAAAUUGGCACUAUGCAAAUAUAGAUUGAUUGAUUGAUUGAUUACCAUAGUUACUCCACCUUCCCCAUUGGGCCAUUAAAUCUCAUGCUUCAUCUCAUUUUUUAGUUCUGCUGUAUUAUUUUUGUUUCUUUGAAGCACACAGACCCUAACAGCUGAUAUAUGCACUGCGAGUGGAAAAAUGCACGUGUCAUGUCUCAGAAUAGUGUGAAAACUAAAGUGGCUUCUAAAGCAAAAUAACGUGGGAAAUCAUCCAAAUAGAGAACACACUUUGGUUGGACUUCACCUAAACUGGUUGAAUUAGGUGGUAGAGCUGGCCCUGUUUGGUAGUCUAGUCUCUGUUUCAAGUCUCUUCUCAAAAUAGGGAGUGACAUGCAGGAAAAGGUGACAUAGGCUAAAAUCAUACCUGGACUGUCUGCUUGAGGCAUAACCUCUAUAUAUGGGGUGCACUGAGACAAUAAGGCCAGUGGUGCCCAUUAUACAGACAUCUACCUGACCUCUUUUAUCCCUGUAAGAUGCUGCAAUGCCACAAGACUGUAUUUACUUGUAUCUUCCCUAUUCAGGGUCGGAAGGUGGUGGAAGUGCUGUCUAAUUCCAAAGUCAACUACUCAACACUGAAGGGCUUGUUUGGGAAUGAGGACGGAGCAUCUCGCUGCUACCUUAUCACCGUGGCGACUGAGCUCUUCUUGUUGAGUGGCAGUGUGGAGGGAGCUCUGAACACACUCCGAGGUAACAGCUGUGACCCUGCGUCGAACUUGUUGCCAUGUUUAGCUAGCUUUGCUGACCUUGUACCUGGUUUCAACUUGACUUAUCAUGUCUUGGAGAAUUCACUUCUUUUGUUCAUUAAAAAACCCUGACGAUGAAAUUUAGCUGGACUCAGAUUUAGACUAGUUUUUAAACUAACCAUAGUCUACUCUAGAUCAUACUACACAAGGAAGUGAUGAAAAGUACAUACUUUUGUACCCUAGCUACCCUGCAUGCUGUUUUUUAGUUGUUUUUAAUGGAAUUGGGGUCCCGUUCAGCUUUCACAAACUCCUUUCUUUUUUUCUUUAUUUCAGAAAACACAUGGUUUGUGAGUUCGUGCGCAUGGCCAUGUGAGCCUGCUGAUCUGGAGAGCAGGAUUCAUGUCUUAAUACGUUUGGCAGAAAAAUCCUCUCACAGAGACACGCUUGACGUCCUCAGCAAUCUCCCCGGACUCAAGGAACCAAGUGGUGAGAGAGAAAAACUUGAUUCUUCUGUUUUUAAAAUUCCUCUGCAGAUGUGCAACUCUCCACAAAAAGAGGAAUGGAGUCAAAUAGAUGACUCACAAGCUUUUAAUAAUAGUAGUAAUACAUUUUAUUUAUAAGCGCCUUUCAGGUCAUCUGAUAGAACAAUUAAAAUCACAAGUAAAAUACACAUCAAAAGUUUUAAAUCUGGAUUCUGUAUGCCGGCCUGAUUAUGCCAAGGAACGCCAAUUUAAUAGCCUGGCUGUUAAGGUCUUUGUAGCCUAGUUUUGUUCUGACCCAAGAGAACUUGGACUGUAGAAACCCAAAACAAAAAGUUGUCUCUCUCUUUGUGUUUCAGGUGACACCAGUCUUAAGUAUUGGCUAAUAUUUUGGUGUUGUUUUCCUCCUCAGACUUGACUGAUAACUCCAGGUAUGCCUCCUUGUUUAAUUCUCACCUGCAAGUGUGUUUGGACAAACAGACACUGACAGUUGCUUCAGACACAGUGGACUUCAUGCUGUCGAAAAACCUGUCAGUUGAUCACACUAUGCUGCACGUGCUUUUGCACAAGCUGGGCAAGCAGAACCUCUGGCUCCGCGCACGGGAAGUCUUCAGACGUGAGUAUUAAUUUCAACUCCACUCAUAUAAAAAGGAUCUUUCAGUGUUUUUAAAAUGAGGUCGUAUUAGUUACAUGCCACUUAUAUUGUAUUUUCCGGACUAUAAGUCGCUCCAGAGUAUAAGUCGCACCAGCCAAAAAAAGCAUAAUGAAGAAGAAAAAACAUGUACAGGUAUAAGUCGCAAUUUUGGGGGGAAAUUCAUUUUACAAAAUCCAAGACCAAGAACAGACAAUUCAUCUUGAAAGGCAAGUUAUAAUAAUAAUCUACCCAUCUGAUGUUUUUUAGCCAAAAGCGAUUAGCUUAUGGUUUUCUUCAUCACAGUAAGAGUAACCUCCGCUUUUCACCAGUCCCUCACUGGUUUCUCGCUCACUCCAAACUCUCUCUCUGCUUCACGAUCGCUGUUUUCGGCUGGAUAUUUCACUACUUGCAGCUUGUAAUCUGCAGAAUAUGAUUUUCUUUUUGGCAGCAUUUGUGCUUAGUCUUUCUCAGUUGUCGAUAUGAGUUAACAUUAAUUUUUAAGUCUUCAGUGGUACAGGAGUAGCAGAUACUGGUACACCAGCCUAGAGUGCCCUCUAGUGGCCGUCAGUGUGAAAAUAACAAACGUGUGAAAUUAUAUAUUUUUAUAUAUAUUAAGUCGCACCUAAGCAUAAGUUGCAAAACCAGCCAAACUACGAAAAAAAGUGCAAUUUAUAGUCCGGAAAAUACAGUACAUGUAUUUACAUUGGCAAAAGUGAUGGCAAAUGGGUGGGGACGGUGAUGGCAUGAAGCCCUGCCUCUUUGAUGAGAAAAUGCUGUGGGUGCUACUGUCCUCUUACAGGCUUGUUUUUGGGGCUUGCCAUGUAAUUUAGUUCAUUUUAAGCACUUGUUUCGGUCACACUUCAGGCCCCGCUGAGAACUUUUCUAGCACCUAGCUUUGCCAUCAGAAAGUCCAAUUAUUUUAUCCUUGUUUGCCAACACAACACAUGUAUGUGUUCUCUAACCUGCAGCACCAUCAGCUAACCAGGUUAAUGAGGCACAUGUUACUGAUAUAGUGUGGAUGAGGAUGUAGAACCUGCUAGUUAAAUUCAGUCUUCCCCUUCCAUAGUUAAAACUGUGGAUAUACACAGAGUAUGUUAAGGUUAAGAUUGACUUCAAAGAUGCAACUUUUUUUAGCUCUCCUGUUAUUUAACUUAACUCCUGAAUACUUAAAAAAGUCAGUGGCAAACAGUGGGCUUCAGCGAGAGAAGGAGUUCUGGCCGGUGAGUAAAGUCUCCCUUGUGAUGGCAAGCAGUUUUCUUGGUUCGCUGGCAUUAGCUUUCAUUUUACACACCUGCACAACAAGGUAACUUAGUCUCGCUCUGUCUGGCUCUUUUUGUCUCAGCCAGUUGAGACGCAGUUGGCUGAGUGAAAAAGAAAAUCCAGCUCAUAAAGGUGUCCUCUUGAGUCUGCUGUAAACAAAAUGUAACUGGCGCUGUCAGAAUCACUCGUUAUUCAGUGAUUUUGUAUUCCUGUUGCUUUGAAGCCCACAGAACAGAACUGCUUAUCAAGUGUGUUGCAGGCAGAAGCACAUGUAUGCCUGUUGUGUCCAGAAAUAGCACAAAAAACAAAUGGGCUUUCUGAUGGCAGUCAGGAAGUGCUUCAAAUCUCUCAAACUGAAACCAGUGCUAGUGCCGGGAUCUCUCAAAAUUAGCAAAUGUUUGUAGCAGUCUUGGCCAUAAUUGUCUGUAGAAUACUGUAGCAUAGCUUGUGUGCCAGUUCUCCCUGCUGCUUUUACUAAAGGGGCUAACUCACUCACUGGUGGUAUGUAACUCGUACAAUCCGGCUUUUAACUAAUGAAAAUAUCCCUUUAAUAAGCUAAAUAGAUGAAUGACUGUCAUUUAAAUAACUUUAAUGUGUCUUUAUCAGGCUCUCUGGGUGCAGGGUACUACCCAGGUGUUUCUGCUCAACCUGGUUUCCUGACACUCAUCAUCCCCUGUCGAUUGGGGGAGGUGGAGCUGGGUCUCACAUUGGAGAUGUUUAUCACUGUUAAUGCAACAGUUCUCCUCCACCUGCCAGAGAACACCACCUCAUGUCUCAGUAUUACACUGAAAAGGUAAUGUGCGUUUGUGUGUGGCCGGCUUGGUUGCUGCAUGUGAUGAAUUUGACAGAACCGUUUCUUUUUUCCAGGAUCCAAAGCUGUGAGAGUGAGUACCUCUCAGCUGGCAGCCGCCUCCUCUCUGCCGCAGGCAUCCCCCAGCCCAAACUAAUCAUUCAGUACAAAGCUGUUAACUCGUCGCAGGAGCAAGUUUUCACCCUUGACAUUUCCUCAGCUCGAUUCUGGCUCCGCCACAAUCAUUUGUGGGCCAAUGAGGUGUGGACACAUUGA